GGGGCGGGCGCGGCGGCGUCGCUCGGAGGUGGGGUCCGAGGGGCGCGUCUCCGCCCGGCUCUGCGGCGGCGGGCAUGCGGUUGGUUCCCCGGGGCACGUUGUUGUCUGGGAGUUAACAGCCGCCCCGGUGACGCGGUUUCGCCCCCGAGAUCCCGGGCGCGGCGGGCGGGCGGGCAGGCGGCCAUGCACCGGCGCGGAGGCCGGAGAGCCGCGCUCUGAGGCCCCGGCCCCGGCGGCCCUCCCUGCAGGGAUGUUCAAAAAUGAGUACCAGGGGGGGCCAUUUGUUGAAAUCUUCAGUGCCCAGGGCAAAAAUCCUGGAGCAAAAUGGAAGAUCUCUGGCAGUCCAUCUGUAAUUUGGAAAGAGUUUGAUAAAGAAGUUAAAAGUUUUGUCUUUGUCCUUGAAGGCAGUAGCCAGACCAAUAAAAUUCAGUUACCAAAGGAGAAUAAGCAGAUCCUUGGUCUGAUCCAGCGGUUUCUUGUACUUCAGAUCUACGUGCCCCUGGGACAAGACUUCUCUACUGAAUUGCUGAUAACUGAUUUAGGCAACAUUAAACGAAGAUUGUAUUUGUCAACGGUCCAUAAGGAGCUUUCUGCAACCCCUCUCCAUGCAAAAAUUCCACUUUUUAUGAUCAAGCGCAAAAUUUGGUGCAAUCUGUGUAUUGACUUGGUAGCCUUCACCAGUGACAUUUUCAAGGGAGCCGUAUUCCAGUCUUUGGAUGGAAUCAUUGUCUCUGCGAACUGCAAGCUACGAAAGAUCUUCACUCUGAAGUCAAAGCCUCGAGACACAGCUGACAGAGAUGAUAUAUAUGGUGCUCCUUUUACAACAGAUGAGCCUACAGAUAUCAUUCCUCGAAGCUGUCAAUUAACUACUGAUGUACCUCAGGUUACCCAGCUGCUAAAUAUGACUAAGCUUCGCCAAACAGAAAUGAAAUUUGGAGGUCAACCAUUAACAUCAACAGAACCAGAUCAGUUUAUUAACAGAGGAUCAGGCAGUGCACGAAACAGUAAGAAUCAAGAUGUUUCUCACAUUGCAUUUGGAUCUAAAGUACUUGGACCACCUCCACCAUCUGGUAGAAGAAAUAGCAUAAGAACAUCUGGAGAGAUUGUAAAAUCCAGAAGUAGCAGAAAUUGCCAACAGCAUACCAUAGUAAAAUGUACCAACCGGUCAGAAAUGUCAAGCCUACAGUUAUAUGAGUCAGAAGAGCAAGGAGACAAAGAAAAUAUUCAUCUGGAAAAACAAAUUACACCAAUUAAUGCUGAUUCCCAUGUUAUGCAUCCACGUCCCCCUCCAGAACCAUCCGCAGAUAAGACUAACAGUAGACGAAGAUUACGGCUAAAAAGCACCAGCAGAGACAGAACAGAGACCCGCAGUGGGAGCUCUUCAGGAAACAGCCAUAAUGAAGAUAUGACACCAGCUAAGCUCACCACUGUGUCCCAUCAAAGAAUGAACAGCGCAGUGACAUUGAAUGCCACCAGUCAUCAGCAACUCUCUCCAUAUCAGACAGAUGAGUGGGUUUUUCCUGAAAAUUAUGGAGAUCAUUUUCAUUUGUACUCCAGCAAACAAUCCAUAACCCUUGAAGAUGAUUCCUGCGAUCAUUCACACCAGAUGCCAGAAAACAGCAAAGAAAGUGAAAAUAGCCAUCAGGGAGAAGAAAGCCAGAGUAUUCCAAAUGAGAUUUUCACCUUCUCCUCAAGGCCAAGGUCCUUGCCUCAUGGAAGAUGUCAGCCUGCAUUUGCAGAAGAGUGCUCCCUUCUUUUGGAUUUCAACGAGAAUGACAGAGGGAGGAGGAGAGGAGCCCAGUUGGAAGAUGAUUUUUGUGGAGGCGACAGCAGUGAAGAGGACAACCAGAGUCUGUUCAUCCAUGAUUCAGCAGGUCCUACCGCAGGCCCCACCACAGCAGGGUUACGUGAAUCCACAGUUUCAUCUGAGCUGUUCUUAGAAAGGAUUCUGGGGAAGUCUGGAAGUGGGACAUAUAAAGAACGUGUAAAAAGUGCCUGCGUGGACACAUCUGAGUCCAAGAGCCUCAUUCACAAGAGCGCGGGGCCCUCUCCAUGCCUCUCUCCCAGGCUAAGAAGGUCUGAACUAUCCAGGGAAACUCUGCGCAGAGUCACCAAACCCCAGCAAGUCACAGCAUCAGUAAACAAAGCUUCCCUAAAAGAGAUCCCAGUGGAAAACGCAGGACUGAUCCCUGACCCAUCUGAAUAUGACUGGACAAACUACCAGCCAAGUCAAAUGAGUGAGUCUGAGCUGCAGAUGCUGGCCAGCAUGAGAAGGCAACAGAUAGAAGAACUGGAAGACGUGGGAGCCUCUCAUGGUCUGAGUGCAUCCCAGGUUGACAACUGUAACGUCAGCAUCAGUAGCAGCAGUGACGAUACCACCACCUGGAACUCCUGCCUGCCACCACCCGUCAAUCAAGGACGUCACUAUCAGAAAGAAAUGGAUCCUCCUUCUCCUUCUAACCCUCGAGAUUGGCUAAAAGUAUUCAGCCCACCUAUUGUCCCCCCAAGCCAGCAGCCUACAGAACACCUGGAUUCCUCAGGAAGUUUGAGUGUCCAAGGUGAAGAUGACUUAAGCACUGAAGAGGAUGAGGAAGUGCUGACUCUGUUGUAUGAUCCAUGUCUAAACUGCUACUUCGAUCCACAGACAGGGAAAUACUACGAACUGGCUUAGCCCCUUAUCCAGGACCCAGGAUGCCUCCACCUCCAGCAAGACAUUAUCUCACACUUUAGCGCUUUGUCAAGUGUUCCCCAAAAUGUGCGUGCACAUUGUAUGGUCACGCUUUCAAUCAAAAUAGUUUGGCAGAGAAUCAAACGCGUCUGUAAGUACCACAGAAUGUUCAGAAAUAGCUACGUCGUUUUUACAGAUUUAUAUUCAUUUAAAACGUUGUGAAGAACUAAUAUAAUGACAGAAUCUUAGGACGUUGGGGGCUUUUUCUUAUUUGUUCUGUAUCAAAUAGAUGAUUUUGUUUAUUUCCUAUUAUAAUUCUUAUGUAAACCAAUUAAGAGUUAUUAAUUCAUAUGUUUUGCAGUGUUAAUUUGUAAAUGAUGGCUUGAUAUCCAGAAACUGUAUUCUUUUCUUACCUGUUAAAAAUCUAUUUGGGUACUUUCUAUUUUAUUAUAUAUUUGUAUUACCAGAAAGAAAAUAAAGUGUGAUAGUCAAAGAAAAGUCUUGUAAGUUGCUCUGCGGUUUUGUAGCGUAUUUGUAUUUGUAUUUGUAUUACCCCUACAUUUUUACCAAAAUAUUGCUGGAAGUCCUUACCUUUUCUUAGUCACAAAAAAGGAAGCCAUCCCUAAUCAGCUUAGUCUUUAUAAGGCCUUGGAGUUGCCUUUUCAUUAUGAUUCCUGCAGAUUCUGCCAAACACUACGGUGCUCGCUGCUUAUCAAUUCAGGCCACUUGUCUCCUUAGCCCUGUCUUUAAGAGAAGAACAUAAGUGCAUCUUGUUAAAUUUUUCCACCAAUUAUCUCGGAAUUCUAAUUAUGGCGGUCUAGUUUCCUAAUCUGAAAACUCCACAAACCCGACAGAUCCCCAAUCUCUGGCUCGUCCGAGGUCAGAGUGUCUGCUAAAAGUACGGUUGUAUGAUAAAGAAGCAGUCGUGUGCUUCAAGCCCCGGGGAAGAUAGCCUUCAAAUAUCUGCCAAGUAUGGUCUUCUUGAGCCUGAGGAAACACUUACAUUAGCUGCUGUAUUUUUUUAUUUAAUAAGGCAAUUUUUUCUAAUAAAGUAAGGUGCCUUUUGAAAUGAAAAAUGAUGGGUGUAUAGUCUCAGGCUCUUAAUAGUAGUCACUUAGUGUUAACAGCUCGGAGUAGAAAAUGUGUUCUUAAUUUAAAUAGCAGAUUGGGCCCACUAUUCAAGGGAUGAUCAAUUAUUUAGAGCCAUAUCCCUGAUCAUAAAAUUUUAAUCCUUCUGAUCAUAAAGAAUAACUCUGUGAUGAAUAGACAGCCAGGAUUUUCCUAUUUACAAUAAAACAGUGAAUACCUGUUACCAGA